AACAAUUACUUAAAGCUAAUCUAAUCGUUUUCAACAGUAACGGCCACAAAUUUAGCUGUAAAACUGUAAUUACGACGUAAUCAUUAGUAAUUCAAAUGGAAUAAAGCUAUUGCGUUGCGGUUUGAUAUCGAAUUGCAGUCCGACGGGUCAAUCAUGUGGUACGCCGGAAUAUUUGGCUCUCUGAUUUCUUUAGCAUUCGCUGCAAACGUAUCAAACACAAACAGUCUCUACGAUCUACCGGAAAUAAAAGAAGGGGAUCCGUGCGUGCCCGGACGUUCCUACAGAAUGGAGUGCAACAAAUGCUAUUGCAAAGACGACUUCGGUUUGAUGUGCACGAAACUUUUGUGCUUAGAACAGAGUCAUAUAGACGAAAUUUAUGGCGAGAAACGGGCACAUACCCUGAGAGCCGGAAAAAGAAUGGGCAAUGAAAAAAAAAAACUUUUAAUAGGUUAUCCCAAACUCCCGAAGAUCUGCCAGCCAGGGGUAUUAUACAACAGAGGCUGUCAAAGGUGUAUAUGCGGAGAAAACAAAAUGGCCGUCUGCACAAAUAGGAACAACGCCUGUAAACCAAAUUUGGAAUCCCAGAACAUUCUGAACCUAGAAGACGUGCGUCAACCGUUCAGUCGAUCGCAGGUCGCGAAGCUGCCGACUCUUCGAUCCCGUCAAGUGGCUUGCACCCCCGGAAGAGCCUAUAGAGUCGACUGCAACGCUUGCGUCUGCCUUGCCUCCGGAAACUUGCUUUGCGACAAACUAUUGUGUUUGAGCUAUAGUGAAAUGCAUAGAAUUGAUGCUCGGAAGUUGAGUGGUAAAGCAUGCAAAACGGAUGCAAUGGCGAAACCCGAAAACGAAUGCGUCACAUGCGAGUGCGAGGGAAAAAAAACACAAUGCACCGAAAUCGAGGGUUGUGUUACCAGAGCGGAAAAAAGCACCUGGAUCAAUGGACAGCCUCAACUCACUCUCGACCUUUACAAAGACAAAUGCUUACCGGGGGGCGUCUACAUACAUGACUGCAAUCACUGCUACUGCCAAGAGGACCUGUCCCUCAGAUGCACACAGAGGACUUGCUUGAACUACAGCGAGUCAAAAGCUUUGGAGGAAUUAAGACUGCGCCUCAUCCAGGAGGGUCUUUAACGGAAAGUGCAUUGGGAACUCGGAUGCAAAAUACGGGCCGAGGAUACGAAUCGUCUUGUCCAAUUAAGAAUUACAAUGAAUAAUCCUUUUUGA